AUUCUUUCUUCCACACACCUCUCUCUCUCUCUCUCUCUCUCUCUCUAUUUGCUUCCUUCUUUUUCCCCUUGUCAUUUCUCCAUUUCUUGCAAAAAAUACACAGGAAUUCCUCCACAUCCACCACCACGAUAAUAUCAUGUCUGCACCCCAUCAUGAUCACAGUCAUCGAAGAAAAGACUCCACUCCCAUCGAGGGCUCCUCCUCCUCCUCAUCACGAUCCACUUCUCAACAACAGCAAGCACCUCAACCCCUCAGCCGAUACGAGUCCCAGAAACGCCGCGACUGGAACACUUUCGGACAGUACUUGAAGAACCAAUCACCCCCAGUGUCACUCUCUCAUUGCAAUUGCAACCACGUCCUCGAUUUCCUCCGCUACUUGGAUCAGUUCGGAAAGACUAAGGUUCACUUACACGGUUGCGUCUUCUUUGGGCAGCCUGACCCGCCUGCCCCGUGCACCUGCCCUCUCAGGCAGGCAUGGGGUAGUCUGGAUGCGCUGAUCGGACGCCUCCGUGCUGCCUACGAGGAGCAUGGAGGGUCCCCGGAGACAAACCCUUUUGGGAAUGGAGCUAUUCGGGUUUACUUACGUGAAGUGAAGGAGUGUCAGGCUAAAGCAAGAGGGAUUCCGUACAAGAAGAAGAAGAAGAGGAACGGUCAGCUUAAGGCAAUUAACGAGGGUACUCUGAAGCAGAUCACGUCUUGAAUCAGUUCCUUUGGCAUUCUGAUGGAGAUUAUUAAACGUUUUCUCUGCAGAAUCACUACAAGAUCUCAAUUGGAUGCAUAUAUAUGGACGAUGGAUAUCGAAAUGGUGCAAUAUUUAUAGAAGACUCAUCUCUUCAUCAUAUAUAAUGUAUUAAUUCCCCCUCUCUGAAAAAUAUAGUUCUAGCUAGCUAGUUUACGUUAAAUAAUGUUCACUGCGUACGUAAAGCUAGCUCAAUGGUUUGUAUUUUAAGUGGUAGCAAUCGACACUUUAAUUUCUAAAUUCUAGUUAUCCCGGACAUUUUCAUAUCAAGUACGUCGUUACAGCUCCCAUAAAAUAAACAGGUACAAGAGUAUUUUGCUGA